AUGGAGGAAACAUCUCUGCUGUGGCUGCUCUUUCUGAUCUCACUGCUGAGCUGCAGCACAAACCAAGCUCGUCUGACUGUGAGUCCCAGCAGCUCUCAGUUCUUUAAAGGAGACUUUGUGUCUCUGAGCUGUGAGGAGGACGACAGCUCUGCUGGAUGGACUCUGAGGAGAAACACAAGCAAAGAACAGAGGACUCAGUGUGGAGAUGGGUGGGGAGAAGCAGCUGGUUCUUCCUGUAACAUCACUGUUUUCCCAUUGGACAGUGGAGUUUACUGGUGUGAGUCCAGAGAGGGUGCCAUCAGUAACAUGGUUAAGCUCACAGUCUCUGGUGGAUCAGUGAUCCUGCAGAGUCCUGUCCUCCCUGUGAUGGAGGGAGAUGACGUCACUCUGCUCUGUCAAACAAAGACCACUCCCUCCAACCUCCCAGCUGCUUUCUAUAAAGAUGGCUCCCUCAUCAGGAAGCAGCCUACAGGUCACAUGACCAUCCAGCAUGUUAACAGGUCUGAUGAAGGCCUCUACAAGUGUGACAUCAGCGGUCAUGGAGAGUCUCCAUCCAGCUGGAUCACUGUCACAGGUAGACCUACAACCACAGCACCACCUAGCACCACUGCUCUGUCCACCACCUCAUCUUUGCCUCCUGAUUCCUCCAUCCUCCAACUUGUGAUCAGACUGCUCAUCCAUCUGGUGGUGUUCUCUCCAUAUUUCAUCUCCACUCUCCUGAUGGUGUCUUUAUAUCGACACAGAGCCUCAGGAAAUGACCUUUGUGCCACAAUCCCACCCACUCAGCCUGAGCAGGGAUGGGAUAUGGAUGACGAGUAUGAUGAUGUCACCACAGAGCAUCACUUCUGAAUCAGAGCUCUAUUGUGUGUCUGUGG